GUGUCCCUUCCAUGUCCCGCGAAUGGCGAAUCACUCACACUUCCCUGCUCUGCUGCACCUCUGCAGCGAUCUCCUCCUCACCGCGGGCGCAGCACGAGCCCGAUCGCACAAGGGCGGGGCUCCGUCGCCGGACGGACAACGGGAAGGUCGAGCGACUCGGUAGUGGCACUGCCGCCGUCGACGACGACCGCCGACGAUGGCCCGGCCGCAGCAACGGUACCGCGGCGUGCGGCAGCGCCACUGGGGCUCCUGGGUCUCCGAGAUCCGCCACCCUCUCCUGAAGGCGCGGAUAUGGCUGGGCACCUUCGAGACGGCGGAGGACGCGGCGCGCGCCUACGACGAGGCGGCUCGGAUCAUGUGCGGGCCACGCGCGCGCACCAACUUCCCCGCCGACGCCUCCGACCCGCCCGCCGCCGCCGCCUCCCCGUCGUUCCUCUCCGCGGCGCUCGUCGAGAAGCUGCACCGGUUCAACCUGGCGUCCGUGCAGGCCACGCAGCGGCAGAGGGAGGCGGCGGCUGCAGCCUCCGCGGCCGCUGCCGCCGCCUCCGCCGCGACGCCACCGCCGGGCGCGCAGUGGGGCGGCAGGUUCCUGGAGGAGCAGCACGUGGAGCAGAUGAUCGAGGAGCUGCUGGACUCCAACUUCUCCAUGGAGAUUUGCUGCUAGGCUUUGCCUGUGCUCUUGGCUAGCCGCGACGUGAGCAGCGCCCCUGUCUGUCCCCGCGCUCUGCUCCUUUCUCUGUUCGUGCGCCAUGCGUGUGCCGGUGUGCGUGCGGCGCGCUGUUUCUUCGUGCUCGUGCGUAGUAGAGCUCAGCUGCACCGUGCGUAGUAGUCUGAUUUGUACGUGUAUAGUUUGUAGCAGUACGUAUAAGUAUAUAUAAUCGAGCAUUCUCAUUCUUGCAAA